AUGGCUCAAAUUGCAAAGGCAUUGCUCACCUUAGAUGCUGAAGCCGUGCUCACCCUGACAAAUGGCAUCAACUUUAAGAAAAACCCAGAAGAUGGUAAAUGCUUCAUCAUCUACAAGGAUGAGGAAGGUGUUAAGGCCUGUAAGAACCAGUGCAAACACCAAGGAGGGCUGUUUAUCAAAGACAUAGAGGAUAUAGACGGGAGAACAGUCCGCUGCACAAAACAUAACUGGAAACUGAAUGUCUCCAAUAUGCAGUAUGUGAACCCCCCUCAAAGCUUCAUGCAGGAUGAACUUGUGGUUGUUUGGAAUGAUGGGAGUCUUCAGUUAAUGGAGCUGAAUCCUCCUGAUCCUUGGCUUGCUGACCCUAAAGUCCAAGAGGACCUUGAACCUGAGGAAGUGACUAUUACCUAUCUGACGCAUGCAUGCAUGGACGUCAAGCUCGGGAACAAACGAAUGCUGUUUGACCCUUGGCUCACUGGGCCUGCGUUCGCAAGGGGCUGGUGGCUGCUUCACGAGCCCCCGGCCGAUGCCUUAGAGAGACUCUGCAAAGCUGAUUUGAUUUACAUCAGCCACAUGCACUCUGACCACCUGAGUUACCCUACUUUACAGAUACUAUCUGAAAGGCGCCCUGACGUGCCGAUAUACGUGGGUGAUACAUCGAGGCCAGUGUUUUGGUACCUGGACAGAAGUGGUGUGAAACUGACCAACAUCAAUGUGGUUCCUUUUGGCGUGUGGCAAAAUGUUGACCAGCACUUGAGGUUUAUGAUUCUAAUGGAUGGUGUACACCCUGAAAUGGACACCUGUAUAAUUGUGGAAUAUAAAGGUCACACGAUCUUGAACACAGUGGACUGUACUCAGCCAAACGGAGGACGGCUCCCUCAUAACGUGGACCUGAUGAUGAGUGAUUUUGCGGGCGGCGCCUCUGGGUUUCCAAUGACCUUCAGUGGAGGGAAAUACACAGAAAAGUGGAAGGAAGAUUUCAUCAAGAAUGAAAGGAAGAAGCUUCUAAAUUACAAGGCACAGUUGGUGAAGUCUUUGCAGCCCAAGAUUUACUGUCCUUUUGCUGGAUACUUUGUUGAAGCUCAUCCAUCUGACAGAUACAUCAAAGAGACAAAUGUGAAGAAUCGUGCUGAGGAUCUCAAUGCGUUGAUCACAAAGCAAGAUCCAAACAUCACCACAUGGACACCCAAGCCAAGUGCAGUUCUGGACCUGGGCCUAGCUCUGAGAGAUCCCUCUGACAGGAACUCGAUUACGGAUCCCCCACCUAGUACACAAAUCUACAAGAGCAUCUGGAAUUUUGACUUGUAUCUGAACGAGCUUAAUGCUGCCAUCUAUGAAGAGAUAUUCAGACAUGAAGACUGGAUCCGGUUCUACUACACGUGGGCAGGGUUUAAGAACUACGAUCUAGUUGUGAGGGUUAUAGAAACAGAUGAUGAUUUCAAUCCAUUACCUGAUGGUUACGACUACUUUGUGGACUUCCUGGACCUCUCCUUCCCCAGGGAGAGACCCGGCUCAGAUCGUCCUUAUGAGGAGAUAAAGAACAGAGUCGGGGUCAUGCGGCAUGCGGUCAAAAAUGGCUUGCUGUGGGACAACCUCUACAUUGGAUUCCAGAGCAGACUCAGCAGAGAUCCGGAUGUGUACCACCACCGAUUCUGGAACCACUUCCAAACAGAAUUGCCCUUAAUUGGUCCAGACUGGGACUUGUUUCUACAGCAGCUACCUGGAAAUGAAUUCAGGGAAGGACCUUUGUUUGAUGAACAGAAAAUCUCAGGAGACUUUGUGGCAAGUCAGAUCACCUUGCCAAAUGGAGCUAUUGGAGGCAGCCCUGUGCUCAGCUACCUCAAGAAACUGCUGCAGGACGCCAAUCUUGCUGAUCUCACCAUCUCCCAGCAACCUGGGAGGCCCCCAACUUCCCCAGAACACAAUGACUCCACAGCGCUCAGCACCUUUGAGUCAUCACCGACCUCCUCUGUAGGAUUUCCCUCACAGCACAGUCACGGGACGUAUGUCUUUCCAGGGUACUGUCUGCAGUCACCAUUGAUCAUCACCUCUUCUGCGGAACAAGGAGAAGAGUCUUGCUCAGAGAUGAGUGAGGAUGGUUCUGGAUUACAACAGCACCAGAAACCUCAGACAUCUCCUCAAUCAUUUCCACAUGACACGUUGUCACAGGGUCUGCCUCCGCGUCCACUGGAUGUCAAUGGGAAAGUUGAGCAUGACAGUUCACAAGACAGCUGCUUGGGUUUUUUGGCAUGCUUUGAGCCUGCUGAGAACUCCCUCUCAAAUCGCUUCCAGUUUAGUCUCUACUCCUUGCCUGAUACUGCUGAAUUAACAUUACUGGAGAGCAAGCCUAAUAAUCCCAACUCCCCGGAGUACAGAAGCACUACAGUCCAUAAGUCUGCAUUUGAGCAGAUCUCCCAUGACCCAGAAUUCCAGGAGAGGAGACAAAUUGACAUGCACCUAAUGGUGUCAGGUUUUGGAACACUUGCAGGUCUAACUUCACAGGGGGCUGAGGCCCAGGAUAAUGUGCCACAUCCUGGUGUUUGGGGUGUCCCUUUAAGCGAAUGCACUGACUGUGCCGAAUAUGAAACCAAAGAAUCCAAUAGCGUGGGUGGUGAGUCUAAGAAGGGAACCACGGUUUGCCAUAGCAACCAUUGCACUGCUGUAGAUGAGCAGGAUGGUCGUGGUGCCACCUUCUGCGAUUGGGGAUGGGGAGAGCGGUGGCGGAAGAGUGGCGUCUUUUGUGUCGAAGAUGACUACAAUGCCUCCGCUGAUAUGUUUAACAGCUGUCAAAACAGCACCAGUGCAGAAGAGGAGGAGGACGACAGAGCGGUAGUAGUGCCUCGACAACUGGAACAUUCGAAGGGUCGUCCACUUGCAGAUCUGAACCUCGGGGACCAUCUCAAGAUCAAAGAAAAUGAACGAAAGCACGACUGUGGCACUUGUACACCAGCAAGAGAACUUCCCGGUUUUCUUGACUUUGUCCCCUUCUCACAGUCAACACCCAUGUCGAACAGCCUUGCCCCUUUGCAUCUUCUACGACACAGAGGUGACAGCCAGACAGGCAGCAGUUUUGUGCAGAGGGACAAUGCCUCUGCGCGGCUCCAUUUUAAACGGCAUCACAGUGACUACAAAAUGCAGUCUGAGUGUAGCAAAGCCUGUGAGAGUGAACAUGAGACCGAAGAUGCAAUUCCAUCCUCGUUAAAGAGGACAGCACACUUGCCAGGGCUAAACCAACGGCACAAAAGUCCCAUCAGAGGCACAAAGCUACACAAAGAUAUUGGCAGAUACCGCUGCAAAAGAAUCCUGCUCGCUAGCCGCGAGAGAAACUCCAGAAGGAAUAGUCUGAGCCGGAAAACUGAUCACAUGUGUGGCAGCAGCAAGGUUACUGAGGUUGGGCACAGCUUAUACCACCUGAUGCCUGCAGUCUGGAGCCCAAAGACAGAAUCCACAGAAAAGCAGAGUGGGGUGCUUAUCCUCUUUGAGAGUGUGGUGUGA